AUGGCGGCUACGGCCUUUGCCUUCGUUGUGCCGGCGCCGCAGCCGUGUACAGCCGGCAGCGCACCGAGCAGUGAGCUUAGGCUCAGGAGGUGCGCCGAGGCUGGCGGAAGGAUCGGGGUCCCAGCACUGGCUGCCUUGGGCGCUGCUGCGGGGGCCCGGGCCCGGGCCCUCGCGCGGCGUCAGCGGACACAACGGCAAGCGAAGAGGAAAUCGCAGAAGAAGGGAGGGAGAACGUCCGGCAUUCCAAUACCCAAGUCAGACAGCGCUGCUCCGGAUGCUUACGACCAGGAGACACGUGACAUUAUCCUCUCCAUGAGCAACGUGGACAAGAAGUCCCUAGAUGGGAGCUACAUCUUGAAAGAUGUCUCGCUGGGCAUGUACAUGGGCGCCAAGAUCGGCAUUCUGGGCAAGAACGGGGCAGGAAAGAGCACGGUGAUGCGAAUCUUGGCCGGUGAGGACGACGAAUUCCUUGGCAAGCUUGAGCGUGAUGAGGCUAUACAGGUAGGCUACUUGGCUCAGGAACCUGUUCUCAAAAAAGAGACAGUGAUUGCAAACUUGGAACCGGCGGUAGACCACAUAAAGGCCAUGGUCAAGGAGUUCGAGGAUGUGAGCAUGCAGAUGACGGAUCCCGAUGCUGACGUCGAUGCCCUCAUGCAAAAGAUGGAAACCAUCCAGUCCAAAAUCGAUGCCUGCAACGGUUGGGAAAUAGAUCAGAAGCUUGAUGAGGCCAUGGCUGCGCUGAACUGCCCCCCGCGAGAUGCGAAGAUCGCAACGCUGAGUGGAGGAGAGCUUCGCCGCGUGGCGAUUUGCCGCCUGCUUCUGUCGAAUCCCGACAUCCUCAUGCUCGACGAGCCCACGAACCAUUUAGAUGCGCAAAGCGUCGCUUGGCUGGAGCGCUUCCUGGCAGAGUUCCAGGGAACCGUCGUGGCCAUCACGCACGACCGGUAUUUCCUGGACAACGUUGCUGGUUGGAUUCUCGAGUUGGAUCAGGGAAAGGGAAUUCCUUUCCAGGGAAACUAUUCUGGAUGGCUGGAGCACAAGGCGAAACGGCUGGAAUCCGAGCAGAAGCGGAAGGCCACACUGGAAAGCCAGAUGGCCAAGGAGCUAGAGUUCAUCAAUGCGAGACGAAGCGGAAGGCAGAAAAAGGGAAAGGCUCGCCAGCGAAGAUUCGAAGAUCUGGAGCAGCAGGCGACCGCCUUCAACCGGAGCAGUGAGCUCGACUCGAUCGUCAUCACUCCCGGACCUCGCUUGGCCAACGAGCCGGUGAUCACCGCCAAGAACCUUUCAAAGGGCUACGGCGACCGGCUCCUCAUCAACGAAGCCAGCUUCGAGAUACCCCCAGGUGCCGUGGUUGGUAUCAUCGGUCCCAAUGGUGCCGGCAAGACCACGCUCUUCAAGAUGAUCAUGGGCAAGGAGCAGCCUGACGGUGGUGAGCUGCUGAUCGGAAAGACUGUGGCACCCAUGUACGUUGAACAAAUGCGCGAUGAUCUGGAUGGUGAUGCGACCGUCUUCGAGGAGCUCACGGAUGGCUUGGAUGCCAUCGAUAUUGGCGGCCGAGAGGUGAACAGCCGGGCGUACUGCUCCUGGUUCAAUUUCAGGGGGAAGAUCCAGCAGCGCACGGUCUCAUCCCUCAGUGGUGGGGAGCGAAAUCGUCUGCAGCUCGCUCGGACACUGCGACUAGGUGGCAACUGCUUAAUGCUGGAUGAGCCGUCGAACGAUCUGGACGUGGAAACCUUGAGGGCGCUAGAGACGGCCAUCGAGAAUUUCGCAGGCACAGUCCUCUGCGUAAGCCACGAUCGCUGGUUCCUGGAUCGCAUUGCCACUCACAUCAUCGCCUAUGAAGGUGACUCUCAAGUUGUAUUCUUUGAGGGCGGCUACAGCGACUAUGAGGAAGAUCGCUUCCAGAGAACAGGAGUGAGAGACCCAACAAAGAUUAAGUACAAGCCCAUGCCGACCUUCGCCUGA